GCCAAGAUGCAGUAUCAGCUCGAGCACCUGCACGACCAUCACCACCAUCACGGUCACGACGGCAGCGCUGGUGGUGCAGCACCGCCGGGGCCUCCGACGGCCUGGGCCCAGGGCCUGCUGGACAUGCAGGCCAAGAUGCAGCACGAGCUCGACCACCUGCACGACCACCACCACCACCACUCCGACGGAACGCCCUCUUCGGAGCCCCCGACCGCGUGGGCCAAGGGCCUCGCGGAGAUGCAGGCCGAGAUGCAGCACCAGCUGGACCACCUGCACGACCAUCUGCACAGCCACCGGCAUGCGACGCUGGAGGGAGGCCCCGAGAAG